UCCCAUUGGCUCAAUGCACUACCCCUCAAAAACCUCUGGAUGUCUUUAGCGUCCAAUCAGACUCAAGUGUGGGAAGAGCGCCACGGGGUGGGGGAAGGGAUGCCUCUGUCAGUCUUCGGCAAUCCUAUGGACCCUUCCCUCUUUUGUUUUCAACCCCGCCGUGGUUUCCCGCCUGUAAAACUGACGUCCAGAGCACAGGCACUCAAGCGUCCUGUGCUCCAGUCACAACCAUCUCUAUCCUUCCCUGAGGAGCCAGCAAACCCUCAGGAAGAUUUGCUAUCGCUAGGAGAAACUGAGGCAGAAAGGGCAGGCUGCUGUUUUAAGACCGGUUUGUGCACGCUCCUCCUCUUAACCCCCUGCUCCAGCUACUGCGCCCCUAUCGUGGCUUCUGGCUAGGUGCAACCCACUUACGUAGUGUAAGGCUGGGGGCGGGGUUUGGCUAGGCAGGUCCAGGAUGCAAGAUCCUGGAGGAAAGAAAAGGUGUAGUGUUUGGGGCCAUCAACGGGCUAGGCUGGCUUGGCAGGGCUGGGCUCUUCGGAACAGGUAAUACCCAGGGGGCUGCCUGUUGGUCUGAACCAGAGAGAUAAGGCCGAAGGCGAGAGCUCCGGGAGACAGAAGCAUGGAUUUCAGAACCCCUGACCUGCUGGAAAUGUGGCUGGAGCCUCCAGAAGACGUCUUCUCAACAGGAUCCUUCCUGGAGCUGGGACUCCAUGGUCCACCUUCAGAGGUCCCAGUAACUAGGCUACAGGAACAGGGGCUGCAAGGCUGGGAGUCCAGUGGGGGCCAUGGCUGUGGUCUUCAAGAGAGCGAGCCUGAAGAUUUCCUGAAACUUUUCAUUGAUCCCAAUGAAGUAUACUGCUCAGAAGCAUCUCCUGGCAGUGACAGUGGAAUCUCUGAGGAUCCUCGCCAUCCAGACAGUCCCCCUGCCCCCAGGCCACCCAGUUCCCCUGCCCUCUAUGAGGCUGUCUAUGAGGCAGGGACCCUAGAGAGGAUGCAGGGGGAAGCUGGGCCAGCUGUAGGGCUCAUCUCCAUCCAAAUAGGUCAGUGUUCUUUGUGGGAAGCGGACAAUGGCCCUUCAGGUCCAGCCCUAACCCUGGGGUUAAGGGAGUUUCCCCAACCUGUGCCACUACCCAGGGCCUGCGGCCAUCCAUCUCCUUUCUCCCAGCCACCUAUGUUUCCCUCAGAUCAGUCGAGCCCACCAUUUAUGGUGCCUGAUGCCUGUGUGGUCAGUGAGCUGCCUCCCGAUGCUCAUGCCCACAUCCUGCCCAGAGCAGGCACUGUAAACUCAGUGCCUCCUGCAGCCCUGCUGCCCUGUCAAACCUUGCUCCUGACAGAAGAGGAGAAGCGUCUGCUGGGACAGGAAGGGGUGUCCCUACCCUCUCACCUGCCCCUCACCAAGGCAGAGGAGAGGGUCCUCAAGAAGGUCAGGAGGAAAAUCCGUAACAAGCAGUCAGCUCAGGACAGUCGGCGGCGGAAGAAGGAGUACAUCGAUGGACUAGAGAGCAGGGUGGCUGCCUGUUCUGCACAGAACCAGGAACUACAGAAAAAAGUCCAGGAGCUGGAGAGGCACCACACCUCCCUGGUGACUCAGCUCCGCCAGCUGCAGAUGCUCAUUGUUCACACCUCCAACAAAGCCGCCCAGACUAGCACUUGUGCUCUGAUCCUUCUUUUCUCCUUGGCUCUCAUCAUCCUGCCCAGUUUCAGCCCCUUUCAGGGAUUACCAGAAGCUGGGCCUGAGGAUUACCAGCCUCAUGGAGUGAUUUCCAGAAACAUCCUGACUCACAAGGACAUGACAGAAAAUCUGGAGAAUCCAGCGGUGGAGUCCAGAUUGGAGGGGCCACCUGGGGCCAAGGGUGUAAAUGGCUCAACAAGGACACUGCUUGAGAAGACAGGAGGGAGGGCAGGCCCCAGCAGGCACAUCAGAACUGUGUUGCAUGCAGAUGAAAUGUGAGCUGUAACACUUCCUGGCCCACUUCCCAAUCACAAUAAGGAAUCCAGGGCUCUGCUGGCUGUGGUUCUGCUUCCUCCUGGGGUUCCCACUCAGGGCUGUUUGGCCUCAGGGGUCUGAAUCACAUCAGGAUGCCCUAGAUGUCUGUACCCCAUGGCUCAGUCUGCCUAUGUCAAGGGGCACCUCAAAUACUUUUGUCAUGUAUCUGUGAUUUUAUUUCUUCUUUGGGGAUAGGGUUGAGGGGAAACUGACAUUUUGGCUGAGAAAUAAAUUUUUUUUUUUGCUAAAAUUGUAUCCUGACAGUUUUAAGUAAUAGUAGAAGAGGGAGGAAGAUAGGUACCUGGUAAACUGGGGCCUAAAGUUGCCACCCCCUUUCCCUCUCUACCCCCAUGACUUCCUGCCCCAAACCAAAUUACACUAGGGAAGGAAACCAUUUUACUCUUUUUAUUCUGCUCA